AUGCAGACUGGCUCCCAGGAGGAGAUGUCAGAAGUUUUCGCUGAGCGGCGGCAGAUGAUGUCUGCGGACAAUUUCGCCCAGCUCUACGAUCUGCUGAACGCAGACGGCGUAUGGGCUUACUUGUACUCGCAGUACUACCCUGAAGAGAUUCAGGAGGAGCUCAUGCAGGUGGACCUCCGGGAGACCUCCAUGAUGGUCACCAUGGUCAAGAUGCCUGAGUGCAUCGACGAGAUGGUGCACACCUACCGCUUCGAGAAUUACGAGAAGUACUACUACUAUGCCAGUAACCCAAAAGACACUGCCCGGAUGCACCAGAUAUCGGAGAAGGAGUGCGACACGAUUCCUCCCUAG